GAAAAAAGAAUCCAAAUUGCGCAGAUCAGAAGAAGAGACAGUAAUUUGUUAAACAAUGGCGACAAUUCCUUUAGGCAAAACCGCAAUCUUCAACAUCUCAAAGGCUUUUCCUAAGCCUUCUUAUGCUUUCACCAAUACCAAAGUUUCCAGGGUCUGUUUCACUUCUGCCACCAAACAGUCCGAGGGUCGAUAUGGAGAAGAUGAUCAUAACCGAAAGAAAAUGGAACAUAAUGCUGAUAAAUAUGCUGAAGCAGCAGCUGACAGGACUUCUGAGAUGACAGAGGAGACAAAGCAACGGAUGAAGGAAACCAUGGACUCCGCAAAAGAGCGGACUCAAGAAAUGAAAGACAAAGCUAAGGAUACAGCCGACAGAGCCAAGCACAGAACCAGUGAAAUGGCGGACCGGGCCGCUGACAAGACCCAAGAAGCCAAAGAAAGGGCCGGAGAAGCAGCCCACGACAUGAAGGAGACGGCGAAAGACAAGGCCCAGCAGGCGAAAGACAAGACCAUGGACGCGGCGGAGACGGCGGCGGAUAAGACCAAGGAGUAUGCUCAUGAUGCAAGGGAGAAGACCAUGGGUGCGGCGGAGACGGUGAUGGAUAAGACCAAGGAAGGAAUGCAUAAGGUGGCGGAGACGGCGAAGCAGACUAUGCAUAAGAUUAAGGAAACCGUUGUCGGAUCCUCGUCUGAUGAGGAUUCAGUUGAUGAUUAUAUUGAAGAUCAUGUUAAGAAACCUGCUAAAGAGCACAAGGACAGAACUAUUUCCAGUGAAGGUGCUAGAAUGGAUGAAGAUGUUGUGGAGUUGAGGAGGAAGGCAGGGGAACGUGGUCAUGGCGGUGACAAAUAAGUUUUUAUUCUGAAUUUGUAUCUUUUUGUAAGGUCAAUUAUGAAAUAAUUUGGUGAAGCUGUUGUAUCGUUUUCUUUUCAUUGAAACUUGCGUUAUAGUGGCUAUCUAGACAUUUUGAUGCUGG